AUGGAAUUCACUGAAGCUAAACAAAUAUUAGAAAAGCUUAAGAAAAACCCCAAUAGGUUAUAUUCUAGGGAAUUUAUAGAGAAAACAAAGGAAGAAUUAGAAAAUAUCUGGUUAAAAUAUUUACCUCUAAUAAAAGAAUCUGAUUUAGAAACUUAUAAAAAAGCAUUUAGUAAUCUAAAAAAUAAUAUUGAAAAAUAUCUCAAACAAAAAGCAGACAUGGCUAGUUUUGAUAUUUCGACAGCUUCAAAAAUAAUACCCCAAUUCAGUGGUGAACAACAAUCACUAUCUACUUUUCUUGGCAUGAUAGAAUUUUAUCAUGACACCCUUAAAGAAGGAGUCGAUAGAGAAUCCUUGAUUAAAUUUGUCCUAGCAACCCGAAUAACUGAGAAAGUUAAAAACAGAAUUUUAACUGUUGUAAACCCAUCCACACUUAUAGCGUUGAAACAAAUAUUACAUGACGCAUAUAAACCAAAGAAAAAUACAGCACAUAUUCAAGGUGAACUUUCAAGAUUAUACCAAGGUAAUAUGAGCAUAAACUCAUAUGCUUCCAAAAUAGAAUCCCUGAUAGCAACUCUAAAUGAUAUUCAGAUAACUGAACGAGGAGAACAGAACAGAGCACUUAUAUUAUCCAUAAAUGAUGAAACUGGAUUGAACACUUUUAAAAAUGGCUUAUCAGAACCAUUUAGAUCCGUGGUAAUUGCAGCGCAACCAACAAAAUUAAUUGACGCAGUUAAAUUAGCAUCAAGCAUCGAUAAUCCACAACAACACAGUAUGAUGCACUACCGUUCACAUAAUCAAAACACAAGAUGGCAAAAUAAUCAACGGUCUAACCAGAAUAGAAACAAUUAUAGAAGCAACCAGAACAGGAAUCAAAGAAAUGGAAAUAAUCAACAAACCAGUUCAUUUAGAACUAGUCAACCCCAAAAUAACAAUCACCAACAAUUUGGACAACAACGAUCGAAUAAUUAUCAGCGAUCGAAUAAUUACCAACGAUUUAAUAACCACCAAUGGUCAAAUAAUGGCAGACAACAGAAUAAUAGAGGAACAGACACAAGAAAUAAUAGGAUACGUGUCAUGAACAGGGAACAGGGAAACGAGUACAACCCCGGUACCAACAGAGAAACUACAGAAUAG